GUCUGAUUUUUCUACACAAAAAGGGUGCACUUAUCAACUUAUUCUCUCUUUUUUAUUAGCACUAUGGACAGAGAAUUGCAAUGGAUCCUAGUUUUAGCAAUUUGUGCUUCAUCACUCAUCAAUAUACUUGCUCAGAACCCUCAACUAACUACUUACCGGAACCUCGCCAAUCUUGAUUAUUCAGGUGUUAUAAGCAUUGAUUGUGGGGUAAACGAGGGCUACACUGACAAAACAACCAACUUACAGUACGAAGCAGAUGAUAUCGAAUUUGGUGAAAUGAAUAAUACAUUCUCAACUUACAACAUAAGUCAAAUUCAUAAGCAGUUGAACACAUUGAGAAGUUUCCCUUAUGGGAAGAGAAAUUGCUAUACCUUAACACCCAAACAGGGAAAGAAUAAGAAAUACAUAGUCAGGGCUUACUUUGCAUAUGGCAACUAUGACAGCAAAAAUAAAGCACCAGUUUUUGAUCUGCAUCUUGGAGUCAAUUUCUUGAAGACAAUAAACGCUUCUGAGGCUGCGGUAAUUCGAAUCGAAGCUGUUCAUUUUGCCUCAACAGAAAGAAUCGAUUUUUGCCUUGUGAACAUCGAUCAAGGGGUGCCCUUCAUCUCAUUGUUGGAGCUAUGGCCUUUGGACAAUUCCAUUUAUCAAAGUUCCUCCACUUUGUUAACACUAGAUCUCCUCACCAGACUUAACCUUGGUGCUUCUGAAGAUAACUUCAUCAGGUACACAGAUGAUAUAUACGGAAGGUCAUGGGAAGUUCCGAACAAUUAUAACAAGCAUUUAAAAACAUCAUCAGCUAUUGAUUUGGAUAAACUUGAUGAUCUUUACAAACUGCCAGCAGAAGUUUUGAGUUCUGCAGUGGAGGGAUUACAUUCCAGUUCCUUGGAAUUCACACUCAAAUAUGACACGGAUUCUGAAUAUUGCGUUUAUCUUCAUUUUUUUGACUUUGAGGAUCGGACCAAUAAACAAAAACGAAGAUUGAAUAUUGUUAUUAAUGGUUUUGACGAUAAUAAUGUGACAGAAUUUCUUACUCUUUCAUACUGGAAGCCCUAUAGCAUAAUUCUACCUAUAAAACAAGGGAUGGGGAUUCAGAAGAUAUUGAUUGAAGCCAACUCUGAUUCUGACUUACCUCCAAUGCUUAAUGCUCUUGAGAUUUACAGAGUACUGCCUCAGUCAGAUUCUUCCACACAACAAGAAGAUCUUGAUGCAAUCUGGCAUAUCAAAGAUGUUUAUAGGAUCAGUAACAUGAAUUGGCAAGGAGACCCCUGUGGACCAAAGAAUUUUACAUGGGAAGGUGUGAAAUGCAGCAAUGGAGACACUCCAACAAUCAUUUCAUUAAACUUGAGCUCAAGCAAGUUGUCAGGAGAAAUAGAUGCCUCAUUCUCCAACCUCACAUGUUUGGAGACUCUGGAUUUGUCAAACAAUGAAUUGACAGGGGAGGUGCCAGAAUUUUUUGCAAAACUGCCACAAUUGCAUUUUCUUAACUUGUCCAUGAAUAUGCUCACAGGUUCAGUUCCGGAGAGUCUAAAGGCAAAGUCAUCUAACAACUCUUUGCAAUUCAGUUUCGAUGGAAAUCUCCGUCCUUAUCAGACAGAGUCAAGCAAGAGCAACCACAAGAAGUUUCUUAUUCCAUUAGUGGCCUCUAUAACAGCAUUUGUUGCAGUGGUCCUCACAAUAUCUACCAUAGUUAUGGUGAUCCGGAGACUUAGAAAAAAGGGAAAAGUGAUUUCUACAAUUUCUGUCAAAGAUGACCUACUGAAAUCAGCAAAUCAAGCAUUUUCUUACUCAGAAAUUCUUAGAAUCACUAAUGAUUUCUCAACAAUGAUUGGGAAAGGUGGAUUUGGUAAGGUAUACCUAGGUACUUUAGAGUGUGGCAAAAGAGUUGCUGUGAAGAUACUUUCUUCACCAUCAGCACAAGGGUAUAAGGAAUUUCAAUCAGAGGCAAAACUGUUGAUGAAUGUUCAUCACAGAAACGUGGUUUCUCUUGUGGGAUACUGUGAUGAAGGUGAUACUAAAGGACUUAUUUAUGAAUAUCUUCCAGAAGGGAACCUCCAACAAAAAUUAUCAGAUAAGAACCCCGUUUUUUUGGAAUGGACGCAAAGACUUAAAAUCGCUAUGGAUGCAGCAAAUGGGUUGGACUAUUUGCAUAAUGGAUGUAAGCCACCGGUAAUUCACAGAGAUUUGAAAACGUCCAACAUAUUACUAGAUGAAAAUAUGCAUGCCAAAAUUUCAGAUUUUGGAGUGUCUAAAACUUUUGCCAAUGACAGUGACACUUAUGUCACAACUUACCCAGCAGGCACACCAGGUUACCUUGAUCCUGAAUUUUAUUGCUCUGGGACUCUCAACAAAAAGAGUGAUGUUUAUAGCUUUGGUAUAAUCCUACUAGAGUUAAUCACUGGUCAACCAGCACUAACAGGAACGCCAGAAAAUCUUAGUUACAUACUUCCUUGGGUUAACAAUAAACUGAGAACAGGAAAUAUCCAAGAAAUUGUUGAUCCAAGGUUACAUGGGAAAUACAAUGGUGCUUCAGCAUGGAAAUUUGUAGGGAUAGCCAUGUCAUGUCUCCCUCAAGUUCCAAUUCACAGGCCUGACAUAGGGCACAUAGCCUUAGAAUUAAAGGACUGUUUGUCUCUUGAAUUAUCACUUGAAAGGACAGUGAGCAACGUGAGAGAGUCAUUGGCCAUGAGUUCUAGACAAAUUGAAUUCCAUUAAUUAAUCAUAGCUAGGCUUCUAUAAUUUCAUUACGAUUUAGAAUGAUUGAUUGAUUUUUUUUUUUUUAAUUUAAAGUACUUGUGUUUGCUUUAUAGUAAUUAUUGGACCUUGCUUAAGCUAGAUAUGUUCAACGGUCAAAUAAAGGUUAUGCCAUAUU